UGUAGACACCGGUUAGCACCGCUGGGGAUUGUAGUGUUGGAAGACUGCUCACUAAGCAUUUAUCCAUCAGACAAAGUCAAAUGUCUUAGGAUAAACGGGAAAAGAAACUAAACGGAUGAUUUCUGUCGUUCGGAAGCUUUAACAGGUGAUAAGAUGCUGACGGACGUGAUAGUAGAGGAGGAAUUUGAACACAGUGAGGAGGAGUUGUGGUACAGCAGGAAAGAUUUGGAACAUGAUCUGCAUUUGGCCGCUGAGUUGGGCAAGACUCUGUUGGACAGGAACCAUGAGCUGGAGCAAGGCCUUCAGCAGAUGUACUCCACCAAUCAGGAGCAGCUGCAGGAGAUUGAGUACCUAACAAAGCAGGUGGAUCUCCUGCGGCAGAUGAACGACCAGCACGCCAAAGUAUAUGAGCAGCUGGACCUGGCUGCACGAGACCUGGAGAAAAGCAACCAAAGACUGGUGCUGGAGAACCGCACAGCCCAACAAAAAAUCCAGGGUCUGACUGAGACCAUAGAUGGAUUACAGACUCAUAUGGACGGUCUGCAGAAGCAGGUGGACGAUCUGAAGAUGUCCCAGUCAAAGAGAGACCUUGCAGAUGCACGCUGCUGUCUCGGAGCCCAGAGCAUGUCCUGCCUAAAAGAAAUCUAUGAUCUUCAACAAGUCAAGUAUCUGAGCUUGGAGAACCUACGUGAGAAGUCCUACCCUGCCCCGGAUGACAGACAGGUGGAGGAGGAGAACUCAACCCUGCAACACACUCUCCACACCCUGAAGGCACAGCUGGCAGCAGAGCGUGCCCGACGGGUGGAGGCAGAGCAGGAGACCGAGCUGACGGUGCAAGAAAACAGCAUGCUAGAACAGCGUCUGAGUCUGCUGGAGGGAACACGCCGUCGCCAGGCAGAGCUAGAAGCUGAGGUGGAGGAGCUACAGCAGCUGUGGCGCUCCGAGUCAUCCAGCGCAAAACCAACAGACGCUCUGCUGCCUGAAAAUGUUUUCUUUUCCGCUGAGGAAAUGGUGGGGCCAGAGGACGAGGAAGAGCUAGAGGUAGAGUUUCAGCAGGGGAGGCGUCGUUGCAUAAGUGAGAGCUACGUCCGAGGGGCUCGAGCCGAGGAUAUCCGGCGCGGACACGAGCGCACGUGCAUCCGGCGAGCUCAGGCGGUGAAGCAGCGCGGAAUCUCGCUGCUGAAUGAGGUUGAUGCGCAGUAUAGCGCGCUGCAGAUGAAGUACGACGAGCUGCUCCGUCGCUGCCACCAGGGGGCGGACAAGUUCAGCCACAAGGGUGUGCAAACGGCCAACGUCAACGCGCAACGGCGCAGGAGUCUGAUAAAGACCGCAACGGCAACAACAACAACAAACUCCAUCUGCCCCGCAGAUGAGCUCCAUCAGCCAGAAUACAUAGCCCUGUUUAAAGAGAUCUUCACCUGCAUUCAGAAAACCAAAGAGGACCUGAGUGAGAAUAGGGCUGGGCAGAAUCAGUCUCAGUGAGUUUAAUGAAAUUGAUCAUCUAAAAAUGAAAAAUCUGUUUUCAUUUAUUUACCCUGCUGUCGUUCCCAACCCACUUGUGUAUGCUUUUUAGCCAACCCACUUUUUAGAGGGUGAGUACUUGAUGACAAAAGUGUAUUGUUUGGUGAAAUACUCCUUUUAUAUGUCAUCUGAAUUGGGGUUGGCAGUAUUAUACAUCUUUAGUCUGAGGCUUUGCACUUCCUCUGUCUUCUGCUAUUGUAACUUGAUGAAGGACAUGCUGAGAGACUGCGCCUUGACAUAUUAGACAUUUUAAAGGUGCUGCUAUUUAUUUGUUGAUUGCACUAUAACACCUGUGCCUUUGCAACACCAGGCCGUCCACUUUAUAAAUCACUAAAUGCAAGCGUAGAUGGACAGUAGGUCUUAAAUGAAUUGUUUUGUACUGUACUUUUAUAGGUUUAAUUCUGUUGAUUGCUGCAUAUGAAAUGUGUGGACCUCGAAGAUAUAGCCAUACAUGAUUGCAUCUCUUCUUUGGGUUUGCAAGUAACUCUUAAUUUCGUAGAAUCAAGUGUUUGUAGAAGAAAGAGGGUAGAUUUAAAGUAUUGUUAUUAACAACUAACAUGGCUUAGGAAGUAACUUAAUAUAUUAUAGCAUGUACAGGUCACGCUUAAAAAAUAAUCUAUAAAAAUUGCUUAUUUUUUUCCUCAAAGAAAUUAGGCCUAUUUUAGGACCAUAAAGACUGUUUACAUUGUGAUUAUUUUCAGGACAAUUAAGCACAUUUCCCCUUACUGUAAUGCAAAAAAUGUAAUAAAUAAAAUAUACAAAUAAAUUAUAAUAAUUAUUAUUUUUACAUAAAUUCUAAUAUUAUUUAAAUUGUGAUGUACAGUAUUUCUACAUGGUUGUAUUUGUUGCACUGUGUUUUAAUUUAUGAUGAUUGUAAUACAGUCAAAUAUACUGUACAGCAAAGAAUAAGAAGAACAAUCUAUAAAAAUACUUGAAUCAAAAAUGCCAGAAAACUCUGAAAAUGUCUGAAACUUUGGGGGAAAUGUCAUACAUUUAAUGUAACAAUGCAGCAAAAUCUUACUGGUCUUAAAACGAAAUAUAAUUUUUUUCAUGCAAAAUACCUUUUUUUUUUUGAGUGAAAUGCAAACUCGACAUAUUUUUGUGAUACUUUGUUAAUAAACAGUAAAAACAAAAGACCAAAAAACAGUAGCCACUAUCUUAGCCAUAUAUUCGAAGUGUCUUGAAAUCGCAGAAGCAAUAUGAAAGCUCUUUCCCUCUCGAUUUAAAAAGACGUGAUUUUGAAGACAUUGCUAAACCAAGAUUUCUUAUACUUUCACGAUAUUGUUUGUUACAUUUAUAAACGGUCUUUGCGCUUACCUCACCGCGUUGGCGUGCUUGCAAAAUAGCUACAUCAAGCUUGUAAAUGAUGCGGUGCUGUGACUGUGAAUAGUUCAUUAGAGCAAGUUGUAGUUAAAUGUUGUUUUGAGUGUCGAGGCAGACGCUCUCGCUUGAAUUCUCAGCACUUUUGACGUUCAUGUGAACACAACUGUGAAGCCAUGCACUUUAGGCAGACCUAUGGUCAGUUUAGUUUUGGUUUAUUAAUUUUUUUACAUUUUUAGUUAUUUCAUUCCAUGAUGUAGUCAAGAGGUUUUAUUUGUUUUAUUUUCUCCUUUGGUGUUUAUUCUCUGUAUUCGACCCCUCCCCCCCUGAAUGUUGUGUGAGUUGCUUGGAUUGUGUUGCCUAAAUGUUACAGCACAAUGUAGACCAUGUUCAUAAUGUGUUAUGUAAGUUGUGAGUAGUUCUCUGUUCAGUGUGUAAAAGCUAAUCUGAAAAUGCCUAAUUAUUGUUGGUUUAUGUGUUGGGUAAUGUGUGUUUCAUAACAUAAUCCAUGUGCUACAUACAUAAAACCACAACAUAAUUCAUGUUUUGUAAUGUUUCUGAAGCUGUUAAAUGCUGUUGCCUUGAGUUGGAAAUGGCAGUAUAAGCAGACUUUAAUGGGACAUGGUAUUGUAUAGUGACCGAAAAUCAGAGAAGAAGGAUUUGCUGUUGGAAGAUGCAAUAGUUGGUGUAAAAAUAAAAAAGUAAAAAGCAAAGCUGUCUAUAGGGAGCACAAUAUAUCAUGGAGUUUUUGCAUAAUUUUUUAUUAUUACUUAUUGUCAAGGAAAGCAGUGCUAUUGUAUAGCAGCCAUUCAUCAGCUACAAAAAUGUGUUUUUCCAGCAUAAAUUCCCCUUUUUCUUUUUUUCCCCCAUUAUAUCCUGUAUAAACCUUUGCAGAAUGAUAUGCUUUUUGGCCAGUAUUGUGUUAGAGGGCUACGAUGUGCAUGAUCAGAGGUUAGAUUAGUGUACGGCAGAAAGAUUUAGAUCAUUUGCUUAAGAUAAAGUAGUAAAAUUUGUAUCAAAAUAAAAUUAAAGAAAAAAAUAAAUGCAAUUACCAAUAUUAGUAUUAAAUGCAGACCAAAUAUCUUGUCUGUGGGUAAAUGAUUAUCAUCAGAAUACCUCACCGGUAAAACAAUCAGUUAUUUGUGAGAAUAAUAGAAAGAUUAUAUUUAUGAUGGUUUGAGAAUGUAUUAAAUGGAUUCAGUUAAGUCGUCUGUCCUGAGGUGAUUCUUCAAGCUACAAUCUUGUGUUACGCUGGAGAUCAUUGUUUUAAGUCAAAGACUUUCAGUAAUCUAGAUAAUUUAUGAAUGUUGUCAAAUGCAAAUGAUAAAAUGUGUGCGUGUGUUUAGUGAAGGAAUGAAUAAUCUGAUAAUUACUGGUGCUGAAUUUGCAACUGCCCUUGGAAAAGCAGUAAUCUAUGAUCCGUAAUUAAUGGCAUGACUAACAUUUUACUGUGGUAAAAUAACUAAUAACAACCAGUACAUAAAGAUG